GCGGGCCGGCCGGCUGGAGGGCGCUGGGCGCAUGCGCGCGCGUCUCCUUUCGCCGGCCGCUGAGCUCCGCGGCGCGGAAUAGAAUGAACUCUAACAAAACAAGCCGAGCCUUUGUAUCUGCUUAAAGGGGCCGCAGGCACUUCCCUCCUGUCCCCCCAGCCCCCGCUCCGCAACCGCGUCUCCAGGGCUCCCAGCAACUGGCUGCGAGGGCUUCCCUCGCCCUCAGGAACAACCCGCCAGCGAGGAGAGGCGAGCCAGGCGGGAGGCAAAGAGGAGACACCGCAUUUCUGAGGCAAGAAAGGAAGGAAGGGAGGAAAAAAAAAAAGAAAAUAGCCCAAACGGCGCACAGUGGACUCUGGCCCGGAGAGCACGGUGGAGCGCUGGAACGUGGGCUAAAGAGCACCGGAAUGCAAACAAAGCUCGCGGGCGCCUGUGCACGGCUCGCGGGGAAGCCCAGAAAGUUUGUGUUAUGAUGACUUGAGUGCGCGAGUGUGCAGAGGAUCGAGGCUGCCAAGUUUCUCUCUCCCUUUGCGUCAUCUGGGGGGGCGAUGUGCCCCCCAUGAACCAGAGGAGGCCUGGGGGCUUGUGCUGUGGGGGCACCUGUCUCUCACUUUAUUAUCCUUUUUCUGUGGUGGGGGGGAGAAGCGUAACCCACCAUGUCGAAAGUGAUUCAGAAGAAGAACCACUGGACUAGCAAGGUUCACGAAUGCACGGUGAAGAGGGGACCCCAGGGCGAGCUGGGGGUGACAGUGCUGGGGGGAGCGGAGAACGGCGAGUUUCCGUAUGUCGGGGCGGCGGCCGAGGCGGCGGGGCUCCCCGGCGGCGGCGAGGGCCCCCGGCUGGGCGAAGGGGAGCUGCUGCUGGAGGUGCAGGGCAUCCGGGUAUCCGGCUUGCCCCGCUACGACGUGCUGGGAGUCAUCGACAGCUGCAAGGAGGCCGUCACCUUCAAAGCCGUCAGACAAGGAGGAAAGCUGAACAAGGACCUGCGACAUUUCCUCAAUCAGCGGUUCCAGAAAGGGUCUCCUGAUCAUGAGCUCCAGCAGACCAUAAGAGAUAACCUUUACCGCCAUGCUGUGCCUUGCACAACCCGAUCUCCAAGAGAAGGAGAGGUGCCUGGUGUGGACUAUACCUUUCUGACUGUGGAAGAGUUCCUGGACCUUGAGCAGAGUGGGACCCUUCUGGAAGUCGGCACCUAUGAAGGAAACUAUUAUGGGACACCCAAACCUCCUAGCCAGCCAGUCAGUGGGAAAGUGAUCACGACGGAUGCCUUGCAAAACCUUCAGUCUGGCUCCAAGCAAUCGACCCCAAAGCGAACCAAGUCCUACAAUGAUAUGCAAAAUGCUGGCAUAGUCCAUGCGGAGAAUGAGGAGGACGAUGACGUUCCUGAAAUGAACAGUAGCUUUACAGCCGAUUCCGGUGACCAAGAAGAGCACACUCUCCAAGAAACAACUCUGCCACCUGUGAAUAGUAGCAUCGUUGCUGCUCCCAUCACGGACCCUUCUCAGAAGCUCCCUCAAUACCUACCUCUUUCUGCAGAGGAUAAUUUAGGUCCUCUACCUGAGAACUGGGAGAUGGCCUAUACCGAAAACGGAGAAGUCUAUUUUAUAGACCACAACACAAAAACAACGUCUUGGUUAGACCCUCGGUGCCUGAACAAGCAGCAGAAACCUCUGGAAGAAUGUGAAGAUGAUGGUCUCAAGUUUGCUAGCCAAGCCAGCGAAAUAAGCCAUAACACAGAAGGGGUCCACACCGAGGAGCUGGACAGUGAACUAGAACUGCCUGCUGGCUGGGAAAAGAUAGAAGACCCUGUCUAUGGUAUCUACUAUGUAGACCACAUCAACAGGAAGACACAGUAUGAGAACCCAGUUCUAGAAGCCAAACGGAAGAAGCAGCUUGAGCAGCCACCGCAGCAGCCGCCGCAGCAGCCGGAAGAGUGGACAGAAGAUCAUUCAUCGCAUGUGCCUCCUGUUAUUCCAAACCACCCCCCAAGCAAUCCGGAGCCGGCCAGAGAAGCUCCUCUUCAGGGCAAACCCUUUUUUACACGAAACCCUUCUGAGUUGAAAGGCAAAUUCAUUCACACGAAGCUGCGGAAAAGCAGUCGCGGGUUUGGCUUCACUGUCGUUGGAGGGGAUGAACCUGACGAGUUUCUGCAGAUUAAGAGCUUGGUCCUUGAUGGCCCUGCCGCAUUGGACGGCAAGAUGGAAACAGGAGAUGUAAUUGUCAGUGUGAAUGACACCUGUGUUUUGGGACACACGCAUGCACAAGUUGUGAAAAUCUUCCAGUCGAUCCCUAUUGGUGCCAGCGUGGACCUUGAACUCUGCCGAGGUUAUCCACUGCCUUUUGACCCUGAUGACCCCAAUACAAGUUUAGUGACCUCGGUGGCCAUUUUGGAUAAAGAACCAAUUAUUGUGAAUGGGCAAGAAACCUAUGAUUCGCCAGCCAGUCACAGUAGCAAAACAGGCAAAGUCAACAGCAUGAAGGACGCCAGGCCAAGCAGCCCUGCUGAUGUGGCUUCAAACGGUUCCCAUGGUUACCCUAAUGACACUGUCUCUUUGGCUUCCUCCAUAGCCACACAGCCGGAACUCAUAACGGUUCAUAUAGUCAAAGGGCCGAUGGGCUUUGGUUUUACUAUCGCAGACAGUCCUGGGGGUGGCGGCCAAAGAGUGAAACAGAUUGUUGACAGUCCAAGGUGCCGAGGCCUGAAAGAGGGGGAUCUUAUUGUGGAAGUCAAUAAGAAGAAUGUGCAGGCCAUGACUCACAAUCAGGUCGUGGAUAUGCUGAUCGAGUGUCCAAAGGGAAGUGAGGUCACAUUGUUGGUGCAACGAGGAGGGCUGCCAGUUGCCAAGAAGAGCCCAAAGUCGCAACCACUGGAAAGAAAAGACAGCCAGAAUAGUUCUCAGCACAGUGUUUCCAGCCACCGAAGCUUGCACACAGCAUCCCCAAGCCACAGCACGCAGGCGCUCCCCGAGUACCCACCUGCAGAGGCCCCAGCUCCAGAUCAAACCGACAGCUCUGGGCAAAGGAAACCAGAUCCUUUUAAAAUCUGGGCCCAGUCCAGGAGCAUGUAUGAAAACCGACCUAUGUCACCUUCGCCUACAUCGGGAUUGAGCAAGGGUGAAAGAGAAAGAGAAAUCAAUUCCACGAAUUUUGGAGAAUGCCAGAUUCCAGAUUACCAAGAACAGGACAUCUUCCUCUGGAGAAAAGAGACUGGAUUUGGAUUUAGGAUUCUGGGUGGCAAUGAACCAGGGGAACCUAUUUAUAUAGGUCACAUUGUUCCACUGGGUGCUGCUGACACGGACGGCCGCCUAAGGUCUGGGGAUGAAUUAAUCUGUGUGGAUGGGACACCAGUAAUUGGAAAAUCACACCAGCUUGUGGUCCAGCUCAUGCAACAAGCUGCCAAGCAAGGCCACGUCAAUCUCACAGUGCGGCGGAAAAUGGUGUUUGCAGCCCCCAAAGCCGAGAACGAGGUGCCCUCGCCAGCCUCGUCCCAUCACAGCAGCACCCAGCCGGCGUCGCUGACGGAGGAGAAGCGCACCCCGCAGGGCAGCCAGAACUCCCUGAACACGGUGAGCUCGGGCAGCGGGAGCACGAGCGGCAUUGGCAGCGGCGGCGGCGGCGGCAGCGGCGUGGUGAGCACCGUGGUGCAGCCCUACGACGUGGAGAUCCGGCGCGGCGAGAACGAGGGCUUCGGCUUCGUCAUCGUGUCGUCGGUGAGCAGGCCCGAGGCGGGCACGACCUUCGCAGGCAAUGCAUGUGUGGCUAUGCCUCACAAAAUAGGUCGGAUUAUUGAGGGAAGCCCUGCUGACCGCUGUGGCAAGCUGAAAGUAGGAGACCGGAUCUUGGCAGUGAAUGGAUGUUCCAUCACCAACAAGUCCCACUCAGACAUUGUCAACCUAAUCAAGGAAGCGGGAAACACAGUUACCCUCCGCAUCAUUCCUGGGGAUGAAUCUUCAAAUGCCACUUUGCUGACCAAUGCCGAGAAGAUUGCAACCAUCACCACCACGCACACCCCUUCUCAGCAGGGGGCCCAGGAGAGCAGCAGGAAUACCACCAAACCAAAGCCGGAAUCUCAGUUUGAGUUCAAAGCACCCCAGGCGACACAGGAACAAGAUUUUUAUACUGUGGAACUGGAAAGAGGAGCCAAGGGAUUUGGCUUUAGUCUCCGAGGGGGCCGAGAGUAUAACAUGGACCUUUAUGUUCUGCGUUUAGCAGAAGAUGGCCCCGCAGAAAGGUGUGGAAAGAUGAGGAUUGGUGAUGAAAUUUUGGAGAUCAAUGGUGAGACCACCAAAAACAUGAAGCAUUCUCGGGCUAUAGAACUAAUUAAGAAUGGUGGCCGCAGAGUGCGUCUAUUUCUGAAGCGGGGAGACGGCUCAGUCCCAGAAUAUGACCCCAGCAACGACCGGCACGGCCCCCCCACCGGUCCCCAAGGUGUUCCGGAAAUGAGGGCCGGGCCACCCGACCGCCGACAGCAUCCAUCACUGGAGUCCAGUUUUCCACCCGAUCUUCACAAAUCAUCACCACAUGGGGAAAAGCGGGCACACGUGAAAGACCCGAAGGGCAGCAGAGGGUACAGCAGACCCCCGAAUGAGCAUCACACAUGGAAUGGAACUUCUCGAAGAGCCGACAGUGGGGCGUGUCGACCCAAGGACCGGGCACCGGAGGGGCGGCGGGAAGCACAGCCUGAGCGGACGGUGACCAACGGCCCCAAGAGGAGGUCCCCCGAGAAGCGGCGGGAGGGCACCCGGAGCGCGGACAACACCCUGGAGAGGAGGGAGCGGCGCGAGAAGAGGAGAGAGGCCUCCCCGGAGAGGAGGCGAGAGCGGUCGCCCACCCGCAGGAGGGCCGGCUCGCCCAGCCGUCGCAGGAGGUCCCUGGAGAGACUCUGGGAGCAGAAGCGCUCCCCCGAGAGGAGGGCCAAGUCCACCGACCGGAGGCGGGCUCGGUCCCCGGAGAGGAGGAACAGAGAGGACAAAGCCGGCCCCCGAGGGAGGGAAGAGGUGAGCCCGAAACAGGACGUGGGCAGGAGUUCCAGACACCCCCCGGAGCAGAGGAGGCGACCUUACAAAGAAUGUAGCACCGACCUCAGUAUCUGAGACUCUGAAUCACAUUCCGACCUUUACUGUGUCAAAGGUUCUAAGAAGAAGGUCACAAACCUGAAAUCAUUUAGUUUCUUACCUAAUGAAGCAUCUGACACUUGGUGAUCCUCUGAAUAGCAACAAACAUUUUAUGCAUUUGAAAUCUUAUAAGAAAAAAAGAAUAUAUAUAUAUAUAUAUAUAUGAAAAGUGUUGUGCCUGAUGUAUAAUAUUAAAGUAUUUUUAAAUGCAUACUUUUUUGGAAAUUAUUUGCCAAAUGCUGCCCCAAAGGGUUAUAAAUUUUGUUUCUACAUAAACUGUAGAAUUGGCAAGACUUGUUCCCUUUUGGGGGCGAAUCUUUUUCUCUCCUGGUUAAAUAGGGCUGUUGAUCAUUUUCUCUAAGUAAGGGAAAUCACUGAUUCAGUUUAGUUAGUUUGGUAGAGAUUGUUACGUAGUGAUGUAGUGCUAUCCUGUAGUUAACAGUUUUUCUUAAAGAACAAAAAAGACAAAAGUUAUAUUUGUAAAAGCUGAGAAUUCUUUGGGAUGGAUUAGGAUUUGCUGAUGAUCCCAAGAUUAAUCAGACUGUAUGUAGAGACUACUAUUACAAAUGAAGGAUAUUUAUAGCUGAACUAUACAGCACAAAGAAAUGUUACAUCCUCGAGUCCUAGUUGGUUCAGAAGACAGCUCGUACUCUCCCUGGCCAUAGCAAGGCCCAGAGAGAAGGAGCUGGGCUGCCAGUACCCAAAGGCAGCCCAAGCACAGAUGGUCAAGUUCAUUACCAUCACCAGUACCCUAAUAAGAUCUCAUUAAGGCAGUGCCAUCACAGAUUUGCUCAACUACCAGAAGGAAUGGAAAACAAGCACCUUCUGUGUUGUCUGACUUGAGGCUGAAUAGUACUGAAUAGUAGAUGGAAUGGGGGACAGCACGUCCAGUGUGAGGGAGAAAUAAGAAUCCCCAAUACAGAAAGUAUGGUCUCCUUUUCAUCAUAAACCCGAGGUUGUGCUUUGCCAAAUUGGGGAGGAGGGAACAUUUGUGCCUUGGUGGACCUCACCUCUCUGUUGAUGCUUAAACAAGUGAAGGAUAGGGAUGCUUAUUCUUAGAAAUGAUGAUGUCCCUUUGAAGCCAGCAUAAAAGCCUCCAGAUGAUUGGAGAAGAAGAAGGACAAUGCCAGUGGUUCUAGAUCCUGUUGGCAAAUCUCUGCCCUCAUGACCCUGCCCUUUGAGUUGUUGGACAGCAGAACAAAACAUAAUGAUUUUUCUUUUCUAAAAGACCAUUCUUUUGCAGUCCCGCAGGAGGUGUAGUUGGGUCUGCUGUAGCCCCAGGAUGUGGUUGAGAUGACUGCCUCGCUGAGCCAAAACGUUUGCUUGUACCUGUUGGACCAUGACAGCAAACCGCUGCUUAUGAUGCAUUGUGUAUUCUUGUAGUAUUGUUUUACAUUUUCCAUACAGACACAAAACUUUGCAAGUCAAUCACUGUUGUUUUCAUGGUACUGUUAAGAAAAAAAGGAAAAAGAAGAAAAAAAAAAAACAAAGCCAGCCAAUCAUUGUGUGUACAAAGUUAAAAAUUGUAAUUAACAGAGCCUGUUUAAAAAAAAACAAAAAACAACUGUUGCCUUUUUUUCUGUAUAAAAGAGAAUUUAUGACAAAAAAUUUAGCUGUGAGGAAUGUGAUAUGUGUUUAUAUUUCUGAAUAUGGAACAAAUUGAUUCAUUGGGAUAUAUUUUGAUGUAACCUAAAUCAGGUAUGUAAAGCUGUUUUAAAAUGGGAGACUAUAUAAGUAAUUCUCUGAAGCUUUAGUUGGUUUGAAUAUCAUCAUUUCCUCCACGGUGAGCCUGCUUGUAAAUUAUUAAGGACUUGUUAGCAUUCUCUGUUCUUCACUCAUUUCUUGCAGUGUGCUAUGGACCUAAAGCUCUUUCUGUAUUGAUGAAAAGCAGUAUGUGGGCCAAUCUUUUUAUAAAACACUAUGCAUAUAUAAAUAUUACAUUGUUCAUAGCUUUA